AUGUCUUUAAAAUACACAGUCGUGUUAGUGUGGCUUAUUUGUUUGUCUUUCAAAGUGGUUUUGACUGGUUGUGAAGUGUCUUUGGUGAAUCGAAAUGUUACAGACAGCUUCCGUGUUGGGGAAGAUGGUUGUACGAAUGAUGGAACUGUUUGUACGGAUUUCGGUGCAGUAUGUCGUCAGUCAGAUGGUUUGUGUUUGUGCACUGGUAAUGAACCUAAUUUUCGAAAACCUACUAGUAAAGUUUAUGGCUGUUUAAGCAGUGAGAGUAUCCACGCUGGAUUUGGUGAGGGCUUAUAGUUAAUUUCAAAUAUACAGCCGAACAUUUAAAUUUGUUUCACAAUCUUCGUCUACUAUUAAGCGAUCUAUUAAUGUUUUCGACAUGAUGCACAAUAUUAUUUAUACAACAGUCUAUUCUGAAACACACAAAUCUUGACGUAAGUACUAGGCUAUUGUAGCUGUGGUAAGGCCGUCGAUGUUAGGGUUCGGCAACCUAAUUCUCCGUAGUAAAAUCUGAGUUGAACGAGCGAAGGACGCAUACGACUCAUAUCGAUCUGGUAUACUGCAGAAUGGAAGGAUUACCCACCCUGGCAAGAAGUUCUCUUUCGGUAGAGCGUCGACUAACUCUUUUCACAUAAGUGUCAUGAGUCCCUUGAUCUUAUGAUCUCAAACUGAGAAGUGAAGUCGCUUUCACUGACGACUGUGUUAGUUAUUUUUGGCCAAAAGUAAUGUACCUGCGAUAAGGGUUAAUUCCUAGACAUGAAAAUUGAAAUAUCUCAAUUUAGAUAGACUAAAUCUUUUAUAACUUGUGGCAUGAUUUGGGGAUAAUAAUUUGAAAUCACUUCAUCCUGGAAAUCUUCUAGGUCCGCUAGGUAGAAUGAAACCUAAGGCGCUUUCCAUUGAAUGGCCUGACCGGUCAGACCUGAAUUUUUGUCUCGGUAUCAAUGGAAAGAUCUGGUCUAUGUUUCUCAAAUAUCUAGCAAAAUUGGACAUUCUAAUUUUACCUAAAUUUUCGGGUCAGAUAGGUCCGAAGCCCAGACGUUUUGUGUUCCAUUCAACAAUUUAAUCGGUCUGGCCGUGUUAAUGGAAAGCGUCCCCAGAGAAGAAAAUUUGUCAAUAUUUGUCAACUUUUAGUUCAUCCUGCUCAAAUAAUCUUAUUUCGUAUCUCGUGUAAAUAUAAGAGGAAACUUGAACUGUGCAUUCCGCCCUUUUCAACUUAUACCAUACAGCCACCAAGAUCCAGCCACGCCAUUCAUUCAUUCAAACGGAGCAUCGACGAGUUGUACUUUAACGAAAGCCCUGGCAAAGUUUCCAAACAACGCCAACUAUAUUGAUCAGCCAUGGUUGAAUGAAACUUACGUUGAUUUAAGAGUCUCAAACGAAAAAUUAGAUUUUAAGGUAUGGAAAUCAGAGACAAAGAUCAUGUUUUUUCUUUAACUGUAUUUAAAAUUUGUUUGUUUUCCUCUUCUAGUGGAAAAUAUCAGUUCCAUCCUUGCAAGGCACUAUAAUUACGCUAAGUCUCUUCUGUACCUUGGGCUCAAAUAGUUCCACAACAAAAUGCCUACGAGCGAAGGUUCUUGGCACAUGGCCAGCAGGUAAACGGAUGCGUUUUAUAGGUCCAGCAUUAUUUGCAUUCAAAAUUUUAAAUUCACUUUAGUACUCACGUACGUAUUACCAUGGAUUUAAUUCAUGCGCCUACCAUAAAUAUGAAAAUAUCAGAUAUAAAAUAAAAGCGUUCUGAUUAAAUAGUGCAUCACCCUUAUACACAAUUUUAAACCGUACAUUUCCAAUCUGAUUCAUCUUCAACUAUAUAAACAAUUUACAAUUAAACGAAAAAUCUCACAACUUGUCAACAAGAUGUGUUCGCAACAGGCUUGUAGCAAGCUUGUCAACAAGUUGUAACAAUGCUGUUAUUUAUCAAGUUGCUACAAAGUUGUCAUUCUCAACUUGUUGACAAAUUGUUAAAUUGCAGGACGAUAGCAAGUUGUUGGAACAACUUGUAACAAGUCUGUCGAGUUCAACAACCUUGUAGCAAGUUGUCAACAAGCCGUUGGCAACUUGUUAACCAGCUGCGCUAAAACAAUCAGUGCGAACACAUGCAUCCUGUUGACAAGUUCUUGUUAGCAAGUCGUCAAUAAACUAUUGACAAUUUGUCAACAACUGACCUCUGUAGCUCAGUUGGUUAGCGCGAUGAACUGGAAUUGCAGGGUCGCAGGUUAGAUUCCUGUCAGGGACAUGUAGUUGGAUUUUUAGCAGCUGUUCCUGGUUAGGUCUAAUAAAUGUAUAUAAAUUUCCACUCAACUAUAUUAUUCAAACGAGUGAGAUGCCAACAAAAUCUUAAGCGGUGAGAGCACAUCCUGUUGACAAGUUGUUGGAAUAACAUUGCCACAAGUCUGCUGCAGAGGUUUGUUACAACUUGUGCGUUUUUAUGUGUAUAGAUGAAUCACAUUUAGAUUGAUACUACAGACUACAGUCUAAAAGUUGUGUAUUAUGCAUUCCUUUCUCGGCAUAACUACAAGUGAUUUAUUAACUUCAUGAAUUCUAACAUUAUAAAUUCUGACAAACGCUGCAGGUUUUCUCCAGGUACUAUGUAGUUGCUUGUGUCAGAAAAUUGUUGGAGGAUUGAAUUUAUUCACUUAAAACCAGAGUAGCAAAACACGGGUGCCGACAUUUUACAUGGUUGCUGUGAACUCUGUAUAAACUAAACUAAUAAACUUUACAUAUAGCUGUAACUCCUGUAGCAACUACUGAACCAGCUACACCAUCGAGUCAAACCACACCAUCGAGUCAAACCACACCAUCGAGCCUAACUACACCAUCAAGUCUAACUACACAAUCGACUAAACCAGCCACAUCUGACGUCAGCUCAAAUACUUCCAUGGCAACAUCACCAACAUCAUCAGCUAGAACCAGUCCACCGGGUGAGGCAUCGGGCAAUGAUAAUGAUUCCAGUGGAACAAUUAUUAUUAUCGCUGUUGUGGUACCUGCAGUACUGCUGAUAGUUUUGGUUGUCGUUAUCUGGUGCUUGUGUAAACGCAAGAGGAGAAAUAGGUAAGCUUUUUAAAUUAAAGACAUUAAAGAUGAUGUAAAGUCCUUAAUGUAUACAAACGCUUUGUUUACAUUUUGAACUCAUUGCUACAGGUGUAAAAUAUGAUUAGAUAUAUAUUAUACUGAAUUUUUAAGACUCUUCUGGUUCGCUAUGCUUGCAUAAAUGAAUACAGGCUAGAGAUUCAAUUCAAGAAAGUUUGGAAGGUGCGAAGUAAUAUUUCAAAUCCGAGUUAGUGUUUUAGACGUGGUUUCUAAAUACAAGUGCCAUGAACAAUGGUGAGGCGCAGCCGAGCCAUUGUUCAUGGUACUGGGGAUUUGGAAGCCAAGUUUAAAACACUAACGAGGAUUUGAAAUUGCUUCUCACACAUCAUUAGACUUUCAUAGCAAUGAGGCAUGAAAUUAUUAGAUAUUCAAAAAAGUGAGCGUGGGCAUUAACGAUUACAUUCGCUUGAAAGUUUGCAUGACGUGCAACGAAGCAUUCAGUUCGCUUUCGUCGUGAAUAGAUGAAUUUUGUUGGCAAAAGAGCAUGGUAUCUUCUUAUAAUAUAAGAAAAAGCGGUUUCGAGAACCAGAAAGUGUUGAGCACAGCAUUGUGCACAGUAUUGUCGCUCGGCUGACAAGGUUGGGGAUCCGAAAAACGAUAUAUCAGAUUGUGUGCAUGUGCGAUAUUGGCGCUAUCUGGUGGAAAAUGAAAGAGCCGAAGUGAAUAUAUAUUUUAUAGACGGUAAACAUUACUGGUAAGUUGCUGUAUUAUAGUGUUUAAUUUAAAGCGCUGUUUAUUAUGAUAGUUGGUGAAAAAGUUGGUUUUCCUAUAUUUAUGUAGUUUUCAAACGUUUAGGAAAAGUGUUAGCUAUAAAGUGUAGUUAGAAUAAAUUUCUAAAUACAACUUACUGUAUUUAGAAAUAAUUCUAAACAUAGCAAUUAAAUAUAUUUGCAUAAUCUUUUGUUUACGCCUCAAUUUCCCUAUUGUUCAAAGCCCUUCCCACUUGAAGUAAUUAAAGUCCUGGUCUAGACGGGGUAUCCAGAUAGAUACACGUGAUGUAAAUUAAACCAUGUCAUUGGUCGAAAUGCUAUGAAUAUCUAAUGAUGUAUGAGAAAUAUUAAUAACAUUCCGAUGGUCUGGUCCCAACCAUUGGAAUGUUGGCGUGCGCAGAACGGACUUUACAUCACCUUUAAUGAAUAACUUGGGUUAGCUUGGGUUUCGUAUCAUCCAAUAUGUGACAUAAUAUCGACACAAGUUAAUUAUAUCACGCGAUAGUUUUGUUAAAUAUAAAGAAAUUAAAGUUUCGCAAUUGACAUUUCUUUUAAAUGGAACAACGAAAUUAAUAAAAGAUUUAUCAAUGAGAAUCGUACAAUAGAAAAUACGAAAUUUCAUGCAGUUGUUUUCUCUUUGUAUUUUUCGAACUGCCAAAGAAAUUCAAGUGAUGGACGAUCCAGCAAAAAGAACGGUAUGCACAAACUACUUAUGUACUGUAGUUGUUUCAAUUAAGUCAGCAGUGAGUUAUGUACAACAUCGGAUCACUUUAACGCAACCCACACUCAAGAACAUGUACUACCUCUGCAUGAUCUAACCAUGCUUAAAGGAUUAGAGUCACACCAGGAAUUCGCGAGCUCAAACUCCUGUUGGCGGCCAUUUUUCGGGACGAAUAGAUUAGAUGAUCUAGAAAGUGUUUACAAUCCGUCAUAUAUUUAAACCAUCCUUUUAUAAUCCUUGCUCUUUUUGUGUGAUUUUUAUCAGAAAUGUACCAAACAAGGUAUUUUUAUUGCUAUUUGUUGUAUUUGAGUAAAAUGUAAACAAUAACAAAAGCCCGCAAUGCAUGACCCUGACACUAAUUUUUUAACUCAGCAGUGAGUUCUGUACAACAUCGGAUCACUUUAUGGUAGCUCACAUUCAACUAGAACAUGUACUACCUCUGCAUGAUCUAACCAUGCUUAACCGCUCAGCAGUGAGUUCGUACAAUAUCAGAUCACUUUAAGAUGGCGGCUUACAUUCAAGAACAUGUACUACCUCUAACCUCUGCAUGAUCUAACCAUGCUUAACUCAGCAGUGAGUUCUGUAUAACAUUAGAUCACUUUAAGUUAGCCCACAGUCAAGAACUUUAAUGGAUGCCAUACGUACGCAAUACAAGUGCGUCAGUAACUGAUGUUUUCUUAAUUAACAACGCGUCUUAUUUAGAUACUGCGCACCUGAAGCAGUUCAGCCACAUAGACAGUAAUCUACGAGGGCCAGAUGCUUAUGGAGAUGGACAAGUCAGCGACGCAAACCUUGGUUAUUCAACACCAGAUAGCCAGCGCGUGAUAGUGGAAGCCAACCCAAUGUAUGCAACGCCAGAUAUUAAAAGAAAAGAAGACAAAAGCACCAAUUACAACCCAUCAGCACCUCGAUACGAACCCGUCAAUAUGAAAAAGAGAGAAUCCAAGGAAGAUGAUUCUCAAGCAGAACCUGGAUAUGCGACGCCUGAUUUCAAAAAAAGAGAAAUCAAUCCCGUCAAUUCUUAUCCAGAGCCUGGAUAUGAAACUCCUGAUGUCAAAAAGAAAGAGAUCAGUAUUGCUAGUGCAGAUUCUGCUUAUUCAACGCCAGAUGAAAAUACAAGAGAAAAUAAUGCUGAUAUCGAACGGAUUGAUGUUAACGGAGAUCUUUAUGCUCUGCCGGAUAAAAAUAAAAAUAAAAAUACUAAAAAGGUAAAAAAGGUUUAUUAAUUUGAAAGAGAUGAAUGGUCAUUGAUACAGCAGCAUCUGAAAUUGUCUAAACUAAACUUUUGUCUAUUAAAUUCACUUUAAUUGGACUGCAAAGUUAGUACUCUCAAGAGUUAGGGAAAUCGAUGCAGACAUAAUAGACUUCAUUAUCAAUAUGUUUUUGUUUUGGUUUAUGCAAGAAAUGGUCGGUUGAUCGUCACGUGUGUAUUGUAAUUUGGCUAGAGCAACCAAUAGCUAUGUCUUCAUUUAACCAUUGUGUAAUUUCACGACUGGGUAAUUAAACCAACGCACCGCUAUUGGUUGGUUGGGCGAAAAAACAAUACACAUGCACGUGACGAUGACAGACCAUUUUUUGCAUAAAUCAAGACAAAACAUAGAUAAUGAAGUCUAUUAGGCCACAGUUAAUAUGUCUGCAUCGAGUUCCCUAACCUUCUUAUUCUAUUGUCUUUACCUCCGCUUGUGUACGAUAGAGAACAGAAAGAUCUGAUCUUUUAUUAUAAAUGCAAGAACAAUUUGAUAGAUCUUGACGUGGAACAUUAUGUUGAAACUACGACAAGCAGAACACGCGCGGGAACUUCUCAGCUUUUAAGAUCACAAGCUUGUAAGACUAGCACAUUCCAGGGUUUCUACUUUGUUAGGAUUGUAAAUCUGUGGAACUAUGCAUGUAAAACUGCUCCUUCGAACAGCUUCGACACUCUCUCCUCCUUCAAAACAUACCUCUACAAGACUUGCCUCCAACUUACUGCCACUGCUUACACUCCUGACUUACCUAGCUCACACUCAUUGAUCACGACUGAAUAAUAUCUUCUAUAUCAGUCGUUCUCUUCUUCUCUCUCUUAAUUUCUUUACUUCUUCUCAUGUACUUUUUCUAUUCUAUAUUAAUGUGUUGUUUUGUCUGUACUGUCCUGACUAAUUAAUGGUGAGCACCAUGCAUGGGACCUAUAGUCUCGUUUGUGCUUCUCCAUCUUUGGCACGUUUUUACAUAUUGUUAUUCUUCAGGUUGUGUUAGUUUGUGCUAGUUAUGUACAAUAAUGUGUACCUGUUUGCAUGCGUGCCAAACAAAGCUGUUAAAUUAAAAAAAAAAUUAAAAAAUUAGACACUAAGCAAUGAUCUGACCAUCUUUUGACCAUCUGAUCAACUAUACUUUUACAUGACUGACGUAUAUUCAAUCUACAGAUUAAUGGUUUAAACUACAUGGAUCCUUCACGGUUGGUUUCUGGCAGUCAGGACGGAAAUGAAAACCAGGAUCAAUCUGGCCAACCUACUGAAUAUGCAGAAGUUGUGGGAGUCAUGAAGACAGCGCCGAAAAAAAACAAAAAGAAAAAGUGA